AUGAAGUUCAACGUUGCGAAUCCCACCACUGGAUGCCAGAAGAAGCUCGAAAUUGAUGAUGACCAGAAGCUUCGUGCUUUCUGGGACAAGAGGAUCUCUCAAGAGGUUAAUGGUGAUGCUUUGGGAGAGGAAUUCAAAGGCUAUGUUUUCAAAAUUACUGGAGGGUGUGACAAACAGGGUUUUCCAAUGAAGCAAGGAGUGUUAACUCCUGGUCGUGUUCGCCUCUUGCUUCACCGAGGAACUCCUUGUUUCCGAGGACACGGAAGGCGCAAUGGAGAGAGAAGGAGGAAGUCAGUCCGUGGGUGCAUUGUGAGCCCAGAUCUCUCUGUUCUGAACUUGGUGAUUGUGAAGAAGGGUGAAAAUGAUUUGCCUGGCUUGACAGAUGUUGAAAAACCAAGAAUGAGGGGUCCUAAGAGAGCUUCCAAAAUCCGCAAGCUCUUCAAUCUGUCUAAGGAGGAUGAUGUCAGGAAGUAUGUCAACACCUACCGUCGAACAUUCACAACCAAAGCUGGGAAAAAGCAGAGCAAAGCACCAAAGAUACAGCGUCUGGUCACUCCCCUGACCCUUCAAAGGAAGAGGGCUAGAAUUGCAGACAAGAAGAAAAGGAUUGCUAAAGCAAAAUCCGAGGCAGCAGAGUACCAAAAACUUCUUGCCUCCAGAUUGAAGGAGCAGAGGGACCGCAGAAGUGAGAGUUUGGCUAAGAAGAGAUCAAGGCUCUCUACCGCCAAGCCUGUUGCAGCAUAG